GAUCACGUGAUAGCGUUAGCCUCGUGACCGAAACCACUUUCCAAGAAGAAUCUGGCAGUGUCGCGUCGCGUCGUUUACUGAAAUCAAGGACGUUAUAGCAUCCUUGCGUUAACACAACUGUCGUCUGAAUCUAGAAUGGCAAGUAAGCUUGCAAGCGACGACUUUGACGAGCAGUUCCUGACGUGUCCCGUCUGCAUGCUGCACUUCCGGGACGCCAGAAUUCUGCCAUGUCUGCACACAUUCUGUAAACAAUGUCUGCAGGAAUGGGCUUCAAAACAGGACCCGCUGGAGUGUCCAACCUGCCGCACACAGGUCAGUUUACCAAACCAAGGUGUGGACGGACUCAAGACCAACUUCUACGUCAGCAACCUGCUGGAUUUCGCGGCCGUGAAGAAAAGGGCGGAGCCAGGUGUGCCAUGCCAGGUGUGUGAGGGGAACGUGGAGGGUCCAAAGUCUUGGUGUGCCGAUUGUGCUACCUUAAUGUGUGAGUCGUGUGCAGCAGUACACAGGAAACUUCCAGCUACAAGAGACCACGAAGUGACCGCCGAAGCCAUGCUUAAAGCAGAAAGAGGUGUGAGCAAGUUUCAACGAAAACGACACUGCGAUAAACACAAGAACCACGAACUAGUCUUCUACUGUGAGAGCUGUAACGCUUUGGUUUGUACAGCAUGUACCGUGGUCGACCACCGACCGGGCAAAGAUCACAACCCAGUAGAAAUCACCUCCGUUGCGCAGAUGAGGAAACAAACGAUGCAAGAACUUCUCAAACAGAUGGAGCCACGUCUGAAGGAAAUUGAAGCCUCUAUCAAAGAAGUUGACAGGAAGAUGUCAAAGAUAACUCCUUCUAAAGACGCAGCCACAAACCAAACUAAGGCGUAUUUCCGUCAACUUGUUGACAUGCUGCAAAAGCGUGAACAGGAGAUUUUGAGCCAGAUUGACGAACAAUGCCGAGUGGAUAGCAAAGGCCUACAAGCAAAAAGGGAAGCGACAGAGUUUGAGUUGGCUGAACUGACGAGCGCACAAACGUUCUGUCAACAAGCUGUGCAACACGGAAGUGACGUGCACGUUGUAGAAGUGGGGAGCCAAGUCCAAACAAGGGUAGAAACUCUACUGGCAAAACAAGUGGACCUGGAGUCCAACUGGAGCGAGUUUCAGUUCGUCGAGAACACCUCUCUUUUUGAAUUUGAGAAAGAACUUAAACAUUUCGGAGGCCUAGAGACAGACGUCGACAUCUCUAAGUGUAAAAUAGCUGUUAAGCCGGCGGUUCGGGGUUUUCGCUGCGUAGCCGUACUGACUACAAUGACCAAAGAGGGCUGUCGGUGUGUUACAAACAGCAAAACCGUUACAUCCAGCAUGAAGGAUCCGUCUGGAAAUGAUGUCAUGACACAACUAGAGAUGAAGAGCGGAAGCGUGUGGGAAAUAUCGUACUCACCCAAGGUCACGGGAAAACAUAGGUUAGAGGUCAAGGUGAACUCACAGCAGGUGGAAGGAAGUCCGUUGGACGUCCAAGUACAAAGUGAGGACACACCUGUGUUAACUAUCGGACGGCCGGGAAGUGGGGUGGGGGAACUGAUCGGCCCGGCAGGUGUCACUGUUGAUGCUGACGGCAACAUUGCAGUGGUGGAUCUGGGCAACAAGCGGGUUCAGAUAUUCGAUCCAGGAAAUGGGCAAUCUUUGAGGAGCUUCCCUGUUGACGGUAAGUGCCCAUACGGUAUUGAUGUGGACUCAAAUGAGGGGUUUCUUGUGACGUCGUACGGCGAAGACUGUGGAAUCAGGCGCUACUCCAAGGACGGCGAACUUAUGGACACGUUCAAGCCUGACUGUGUACAAGAUCCAGCUGGAGUAACAGUUCUGAAGGACGGCCGCAUGGUGGUGGUAGACAACAAGCAAAUGUCUUGUCUCCUCCUGCAGACUGACGGGAGCCUCAUCCGGGAGAUCGGCAAGGGACUGGUCCCGCGCUUCAUAGCAGUGGAUGAGUCACGUGAUGUCAUGUUCGUCACAGACAACGAAGAACACAAAAUAUUCACCUUCGAUCUUGAAGGAAAUUUGAUAUUCAGUUUUGGUGAAGAAGGAGAGAAUGAUGGGGAAUUUCGCGACCCAGAAGGUAUCGCAUUAGACCCAACAGGUAACAUCAUUGUAGGAGACGGUGUUGACGGCCGUGUGCAGGUGUUCGGGCAGGACGGGAUGUUCGUACGGAAGGUGGCAACAGCUAAGGGAGGAGAGGCUUGCGGGAUCGCUCUGACUCCUAACGGUUAUAUAGCGGUAUCGUGUUGGAAGGAAAGCUGUGUAGAAAUGUACAGGUACAUAUGAUCUGUGACCUUACAACAUGACGUAGUGUACUAGUAUCAGAAUUUCGUCAACCUUUGACAGAUUUUUUUAAUCACAUUGCUUUCACUAAUUAUUGUUUUUAUAUUUGUUUGACUUGAGUUCUGAGUGAUGUAAUAAACGAUUUAGGCUAUACAAAUGUACAUAGGAAACGUUUAUUGAUAUGAGACAUUGUAUGGAUAUGUACAUGGAUGUGUGAUCAGAGACAUAACUUUUGUUGUUGUUAUGACGUUCUUUCUAAUCAGCAUCUUGCAUGGCGUGUUAUUUUUCAAUGACUUCAAAUCUUUUUGUUCUUAUAAUUUUUACAAGUAUAACAAGUGAGAAAUAUGCUAGUAUCUUGCACCAGAAUCCAUUCGAGG